AUGUCAUUCCCAUGCCUCGACGCACAAGAGGAAAAGACUGCGACGCUACAGAAUCGAUCCAUUGAGUCAGGGCCGGAGCCAUCCUACACCACUGGCAAGCACCUUGUGUUCAAGAAUAAAGAGCCAUUUCUUCUAGAUUGGGGCGGCACGCUGCGCGAGUUCGACAUCGCGUACGAGGCAUGGGGUACGCUCAACGCCAGUCGGGACAAUGCUAUCUUGGUUCACACUGGUCUCUCUGCUUCGAGUCACGCCCACAGUACAGCCACCAACCCAAAGCCCGGCUGGUGGGAGAAGUUCAUCGGUCCUGGCAAAGCUCUCGAUACUGACAAAUACUUCGUCAUCUGCACAAACGUAAUCGGAGGCUGCUAUGGAUCCACUGGUCCGUCCAGCAUCGACCCAUCUGACGGUCAGCGGUAUGCGACACGCUUUCCGAUCCUGACCAUGGACGAUAUGGUGCGUGCUCAGUCCCGCUUGCUUGACCAUCUGUCGAUCAAGAAGCUGUACGCUUCUGUAGGAGCUUCCAUGGGUGGCAUGCAAUCGCUCGCUUUUGGCGUGCACUUUCCAGAACGCGUAGGCCGCAUUGUGUCUAUCUCCGGCUGUGCUCGUUCGCAUCCCUACAGCAUUGCGAUGCGACACACCCAACGACAAGUGCUCAUGAUGGAUCCAAAGUGGAAUCGCGGAUUCUAUUACGAAUCUAUACCACCACACAGCGGUAUGAAGCUCGCUCGCGAGAUCGCCACAGUCACGUACCGCAGUGGUCCGGAAUGGGAACAACGCUUCGGACGCCAGCGUGCUGAUCCCAGCAAACCACCGGCUUUGUGCCCUGACUUCUUGAUUGAAACAUAUCUGGACCAUGCUGGUGAGAAGUUCAGUCUCGAGUACGACCCCAACUCUCUGCUCUACGUAUCGAAAGCGAUGGACCUCUUCGAUCUUGGCGCGGCACACCAGCAAGCUACACGAAAACGGAGGGCAGAGAAUGAGAAGCGUCUCCUCGAGCGUACAAAAGCCGCGAGAGAUGAUCCUUCCUGCUCGCUGAGUCUGCCAGCGCAGAACUACGAGGAAACGGUCACAGUUGCGCCCAUGGACGAGAAGGUGGCCUCUGCUCAAGCGAGUGGUCCUCCCGCGGACCUGGUCGAAGGCCUGAAGAACCUACAGAAUCAUCCGGUAUUGGUCAUGGGUGUAGCAUCUGACAUCCUCUUUCCUGCGUGGCAGCAGCGGGAGAUCGCUGAAGCGAUACGUGCGACGGGGAACUACAAGGUCGCGCAUCAUGAGCUGGGCGAAGAUGUGAGUUUGUUCGGACACGAUACGUUCUUGCUGGAUGUCAAGACCAUGGGUGGUGAGAUUGGCAAGUUUUUGGCGUGGAAAGAUCAGCCAGCCUGA